CUAAAGAUGUUGUUGUUUUUUUGUAUUACAUUUUUAGAUAUAAAGAUGUAUAGGUUCACUCGAUCCGCCAUGAUGCAGCCCAUGAUCAACUAUGGCAUGGGAAUGGCUCCUUUCUUCAAGGUGACUGUGUUUGAGCAGGAACACUUCCAGGGAAAAUGUCAGGAGUUCACCUCAGAAUGCUGCAACAUCCAGGAGUGUGGCUUCGACAACAUCCGUUCUAUUCGCGUUGAGAGUGGCGCCUGGGUGGGUUAUGAGCACCACGACUUCCAGGGACAGCAGUUCAUCCUGGAGAGAGGAGAGUAUCCUCACUGGGAUGCCUACAGUGGGAACCUGUCAUACCACGUGGAGAGACUCAUGUCUUUCAGACCUGUCUACUGCGCUUCCCACCAGAGCAGUCGCAUGACCAUUUUCGAGAGGGAGAACUUCCUGGGCCGCUGUGUGGAGCUGUGUGACGACUACCCCUCUCUGCAGGCCAUGGGAUGGUGUAGUCCUGAAGUGGGCUCCAUGCAUGUGCAAUGCGGAGGCUGGGUGUGUUACGAGUUCCCAGGAUACAGGGGAAGGCAGUACAUCAUGGAGUGUGAGAGGCAUAGCGGAGACUAUCAGCACUGGAGGAACUGGGGAUCCCACAGCCAGACCCCUCAGAUCCAGUCCAUUCGCAGAAUCCAGCACUAAGAGCUCAGGUUCACCAGGGGACACUACACCGAUCACCCUGCCGCCCGAAAAACACACCUCACACAUACAUACUCUCACACUGUUUUUCCUAACGAGUGUCUUUUUAUUGCUAGGAACACAUAACAUCAUGUUUUACACGAGGGUGCCAAUCACAUUUCUGACUAUGACUAAUGUCUGGUGAUAAACAACACCCUCUGGAGGUGCUCUACACAACCAAUUCAAUCCAAAGCUAAGUUAGGCCAUAUCCCUGGAGGGGGACUGGCUGAGAGCAGCUCAGGUGUAAUGUGUAGGAGGAGGAC